AUGUGGGACAAAGCCAACGCUCGAUACCCUGGUAUGAUCACAGUUGAUGAGAAGAGAGGUAAGUAUGUAUCAUUCUAUGGCGGAUAUCAUCAGCUACUCACGCCCUUCAAGCUAUGGUCACUCAAUACAAUGCCAUCGUCAUGGCAAGCUUGCUCGCCAGUCCCUGGCAUCGGUGCGCACGACAUGGAAAUCACCUCCAAUGACAGGUACUCCUUUCUCCUCCUCUGCCAGCCAGAAUGGAUAUCUAUCAUUGUGCACAGCAAGAUCCCUGAGAACCAGCAGUGUACAUGGCCCACGCGCCGACGUUAUACUGAGACCGAUAUGGAAACGCUCGUGAGCAAGAUAUCUGAGCGUCCCGUCACAGAUACAGCCGUAUUCGGGGAAUUGUGGAAGCGACGUCUGAAGGCACAAAUGAUAUCCCUUGAAGAGGGGGCUCUGGAGCAUUGGACCUUCGGCCGAAUUGCCCUGGCUGGAGACGCUGUUCACAAGGUACGGGUUCCCUUGAACGAUGCUUCAUCAGUAUCUUGA